GGUCAGUCCAAACCCAUGUUAUAUUAAUGGCUAAUUCUUGACUAGCUUCAGUAUAUCUAAGAUUUCUUUGUUACAUGUUCUAAAAAUACAGUUGUAUAUUGGUAUAUAAAGAACUUUAUUACGGUUAAAUCGCCUGAUGGGUAAAUGACAACUCUCGUGACGCCAUUACCGACCACAUCAGGCCUGAGCCCACAGGGUGCUGAGAAGAAUCCGGACCAGGUUUAAUUUAAAGGCCUUAUUUAGCUUUUCAAAUAUUACCCGCUGAUUAUUUGUCCAGUUUCAACUCGACAUAACUAUGGACGAUACCAAACAAAGUGUAAAAGACAACAAUGUGUCAGACUGGAAUAAAAAUUCGUCGCAGCUCUCAGAACUGGACCUGCUGAUUAUAAUUAUGCAACAUGGCAGUAGAAUGUUGAAAAUUGAUCGCAAGUCACGUGGUGCAAUGAAGACAUUCACUCUAGAUAAUGAUAUGCUUGGCUUCCAAUAUCAACCAACCGCUAAAAAUAAUAGAGUCGAGGUCAAAACAAUAAAGGAGAUCUCUCUCACACCGCUACCGCCAGACAAAAAUUACAAUCUUGAACAAUUCAAAGUAUCUCGCGAGAAUUGUUUUACUGUUGAGCUUGAAAACCGAGAGCGUUUGGUCGUAAUAGCUCCAGAGAAACGAAUUGCGCAAUGCUGGGUAAGAGGCUUAUCACUGCUGGCCGCCAAUAAAGCUUCGACUGACAACUCACUCUCAGCAAAGAAGAAAUGGUUGUUUGAUAGGUUUGAUUAUUACGAUAGGAACAAAAGUGGUCUUAUGGAAGGUCGCUCUUUCAAUAUUCCUCUGACUAAGGACAUUCUGAUGACGAAAUUCCGGGAAUUCAACACAAACGAGGAGUCACCUGACAAAAAACCAGGGUUGGAUAAAGAUGAGUUUGCAGCAUUUUUUGAAAGUUUAUCAAAACGAGAUGAUAUUGAAGAAACAGUAAUGGCUCAGUAUUCGUCUAAUGGGAAUAUCUCACUUGCCAGGAGCUUCUUUCAUUUUUCAAAAAUGAACAAGGAAGUUUUGGAUUUUAGCCGAAAUCAAAUAUUUUUUCAUCAUUUACAGAUGAAAGAAGCAACGGAAGAAGAUUGCAAAAAAGUCAUACAAUCCUGUGAAAUAGUCAGUGAAUGGAAAUCCAAAAAUGUUCUGAGUGUUGAUGGUUUUGCUGGUUAUUUAUUGUCCAAAGAAGGCAAUAUAUUUAAUGAAAAACAUGAUACAUACUAUCAAGAUCUAACACAACCGCUGUCUCACUACUUCAUAUCGUCGUCACAUAACACGUAUUUAGAAGGGGACCAACUGCGGGGAAAAGCCUCAGUUCAAGCAUACAUAAACGCGUUGAAGAACGGUUGUCGCUGUGUUGAACUGGACUGUUGGGAUGGCGAUGAUGGAGAACCGGUAGUUUAUCAUGGACACACUUUGGUGAACAAAAUUCUCUUCAAGGAUAUUAUUAAAGCUGUCGAGGAAUUUGCCUUCACCGCUUCACCGUAUCCGUUGAUUUUGUCGUUAGAGAAUCACUGUAGUAUUCCACAUCAAACGAAGAUGGCAUCUUACUUAAAAGAUAUUUUAGGCAAUAAGCUGUUUUGUGAUUGUGUCGAUAGUAAUUUAAAGGAUCUUCCUUCGCCCGAAUUCUUCAAGAAUAAGAUCCUCGUUAAGGGUAAAAAAUUGAAAGAACCAGCUGGUGGUAGUGUCGAGGAAGAUAUUGGCUUUAUUUCAGAAGAAGAAGAAGAUGGAGAAGUUCAUUUGGAUGAUCAAGGAAAUGAAAUUAUUCUGAGUCAGGAAUCAGAACAGGGAGAAAAAUCAAAUGGGAAAAAGAAAGGAAUGAAACUUUCACCAGAGCUUUCGAAACUAGUCAACUACUGCAAAGCUGUUCAUUUUUAUGAUUUUGCUAAGAGCAAGAAUGAAGGCAAAUGUCACGAAAUGUCCUCGUUUGGUGAAAACAAGACAAAAAAAAUUGUCAAGGAAAAAUGUUCAGAAUUUAUUGAAUAUAACAAAAAACAACUGAGUCGUAUUUAUCCUGCUGGCAGUAGAGUUGAUUCAAGUAAUUACAAUCCAUUUAUGGCUUGGAGUGCUGGCUGUCAAAUAGUUGCGUUAAACUUCCAAACUGAGCGUGCAAUGAUGGAUCUAUACCUUGGUAAAUUCCGUCAAAAUGGAAAUUCAGGAUAUAUACUAAAACCAGAAUACAUGAGAAAUGAUACCCCGAAUGUAUCGAAAAGUCGGAAAUUAACGGUCAAGAUCAUCAGUGGCCAACAGUUUCCUAAGAUUAGCGGCGGCUCCAAGGGAGAGAUUGUGGAUCCCUACGUCUCGAUAUCAGUCCAUGAUAUUCCUGAGCAAAAGCAAAAUUCUCAAACUAAAGUUAUCAACAACAAUGGAUUUAAUCCACGCUGGAACGAGGUGUUCGAAUUUCAAGUGACGAAUCCAGAGAUGGCAAUGGUCAGAUUUUCUGUUUAUGAUCAAGAUGUUGGGAAAGAUGAUUUCAUUGCUCAAUUUUCUUUGCCAUUCACCAGUAUAAGACAAGGUUUUCGUCAAAUCUCGUUAAAUGGACGUGGAACCAAGUCGCUUUUCCCGUCAUCAUUAUUUGUUCAUAUAAAAAUCGAUUGACGAGAAUCAACCGCAUACGUGUAUUUGAUAAAUGAAAUAGUGUGUUGUGAACGCGAACUUUGAUCAGGAAAUCUAGGCUUAUCAGAACAGGUAAUAUUCUGAUAACACUGAUUGCAUGUCUGAAAAAACACAGCUGAAUACUAGUAUUUAAAAAGGUAGAUAAAUGUGGGCCAAAGACACAAAAUUACAUGACCAAGACUAUUUUUUAAAUAAAUGCUAUAG